GAGAAGAGCGGGAGGAGGUGGCGGCCUCGGGAAGAUGGCUCCUUCUCCUACCAAACGCAAGGACCGCUCUGACGAGAAGUCCAAGGAUCGCUCUAAAGAUAAAGGGGCCACUAAAGAGUCGAGUGAGAAGGAUCGUGGCAGGGAUAAGACUCGGAAGAGAUGCAGUGCUUCAAGUGGAAGCAGCAGCACAAGGUCUCGAUCCAGCUCCACUUCCAGUUCGGGCUCCAGCACCAGCACAGGUUCAAGCAGUGGCUCUAGCUCCUCCUCUGCGUCCAGUCGCUCUGGGAGCUCCAGCACUUCCCGGAGCUCCAGCUCUAGCAGCUCCUCCGGCUCCCCCAGCCCUUCCCGGCGCAGGCAUGACAACAGGCGGCGAUCCCGCUCCAAAUCCAAACCACCUAAAAGAGAUGAAAAAGAGAGGAAAAGGCGGAGCCCUUCACCUAAGCCCACCAAAGUGCACAUUGGGAGGCUCACCAGGAAUGUGACCAAGGAUCAUAUCAUGGAAAUAUUUUCUACUUAUGGGAAAAUUAAAAUGAUUGACAUGCCUGUAGAAAGGAUGCAUCCUCAUCUAUCCAAAGGCUACGCAUAUGUAGAGUUUGAGAAUCCAGAUGAAGCGGAGAAGGCGCUGAAACACAUGGAUGGAGGACAAAUUGAUGGCCAAGAGAUCACUCCUACUGCUAUGUUGACACCCUGGCCUCGGCCACCCCCACGGCGAUUCAGCCCACCCAGGAGAAUGCUUCCACCGCCUCCCAUGUGGCGCAGGUCACCCCCACGGAUGAGGAGGAGGUCUAGCUCUCCAAGGCGCAGGUCCCCUGUACGUAGGAGGUCUCGAUCUCCCGGCAGCCGCCGCCAUAGAAGCCGCUCCAGCUCUAACUCCUCCCGAUAAGCAGGGACG